UUUCUGAAUGUUAACAACAAACUUCUAAAGUUACAGAAAUAAGAGGUCAACAAGUUUGGUUUGAUUCUGAUUUAAGUAAAAAUGUAAUCGUUAAUAACACACGUAAUCAACAUUUGCAAUAACAAUUAGCGCCUCUGGUUAUUUAGCAAAAUGUCUCCGGAAUACACCGAAAUGGUGGCGGCGAUAGCCUUUGGGGUCUUGUCGGCAAUUUUUGUGAGUGCUUUCGUUGUCCUUGUAAUAAUAUGCAGAAGACAGCGGCUUUACUACAAGUCCACGUAUCUGGACAACCAGAACGAAAUGUCUCGGCCCGAAGUGAUGCUAAUUGAGCCCGAAAAAGCCGAACUAGAGUUGGGGGAAGUCCAGUUAAACCCAAACCUUGAGCAAAUCCUCGCUGACGAACAAUGGAUUGACGACGCCACUGGUCUGAUCCCCCAUUGCCUCUCGAUUUUGAAAACUUGUAGGUUCCUAACGGAGCGCCUAACUGCACUGGCAAUGGGCACAACUCAGGCCUCGGGCAGCGGCCUCUCCCUUAUUGUCGAAAGCGCUAAGAGAAUUUCAAGCAGAGUGGACGACAUGGUCCGAAGUAUGUACCCCCCUUUGGACCCCCGAUUGUUGGAAGCCCGAGCUGCAGCUUUGUCUUUGGCAGUCAGUCAUUUGGCCCUCAUUGCGAAAUAUGAGUGCGGACAAAGAGACAAGAGUUUUAGUUGGAUUGACAAGUCUUUGGCCGAAAUGGACGGACACAUGGUGGUUUUACGAGAGGCUGCAGUCACUCAGGAGGCUUCAGGCAAGAUACAAAGCGUCAUAAACGCAAGUUAUAACACCAGUGUUUAGAAAUUCAUGAACAACGUAUUUAAGUAAGAUAAAACCACAGCGUCCUUGAUUAAUGAAGGUUUCCUCCUAUGUGGCGCCAUCUGUUAAUUUUUUCUCUUUAUUACCAUGGUUACGAAGUGGGUUCAAAUGCGUGAGUUCAAACGUGGUAGAGAAAUAUAUAUCCAAAUAUAGAAACAGAAUAAAGAGUCGGGGUUUCCCCACAAAGAUACAUUGGCUUUCUUAAAAUUGCGUUCUUUUCCAAUGCAGGCUACAAAUUUUAGUGUUGAAUCUUAUUUAUGAUGCCGAUGAUUGUGGAAAAUAAUGUAGGUAAACAGUUCCUCGAAAAAUUAUAGCUUCAUUUUGGAGUUAAAAAUUCUUUAAUUUUUGUUAUUGACUGUUUUAUUUUCAAGAAAAAUUGAUGUUUUUGGGAAAAUGUGAGUUAGAAAAAGGAGUUAAAAACAUGUAAAAAAAGUUAAAUUCAACAUUGCUUUGAUAAAAAUACCGGUUUUUGUUAAAAAUAGUGCAUAGAAAAUAGAAAAAUGAUUAAGAAAACUAGGCAUAAUAAUAAUCUGAGUUAAAAAGUUACACAUAUUAGACCACUAAAUGGGCCUGAUGGCCAUUUGUUAUAUUUCGAUAUGACAGACAUUUUAGAAUCAGUAAAGACUAUGCUCCACAAUUUUUUUGUAAUGGAUAAUUAGUCAAAAACAUUUUAAUACUGUUUAACAUUUAUUCCUGUAAACCUAGUACGUAAUAAAACCAAAAAUAAAUUUAACUAUAAACUCAUUUGAACUUCAUCAUAGUCUUAAUAAAAUAAUUCAGAAAAUGUGAAACUGAAAAAAUUAAGUUUUUAACUACUUAUAAACAAAUAUAUUUUCUUAAUACUAAUUAAUAACAUUUAUUUUUAUAAACUCAAAACCUAGGUAGAGACCAAAAAUAAAUUUAACUAACUCAUUUAGAAAAUGUAAAACUGAAAAGACUUGAAAUGGAAAAUUAAGUUUCCACAUACUUAUAAACAAAAGCAUCUUAAUGCUAAUUAAUAACAUUUAUUUCUAUAAACCCAAAGAAUAUGUAACAAUAAUAAGACCAAGAAUAAAUUUAUCGCAUUCCACAACUCAUUCACUUCAUCUUAACCCAAAUAUUACUCUUGCAAGUUCACAAUAACCAUUAAAAUUUAAUUUUUUGAUGUUUUCAGUUAAACAAAAAGUUGGCUUUUUGCACGAACAGUAGUGCAGAUCAACAGAUACUUGAAACAGAUUUUGGUACUUCAUACUCACUAAUAUUCAUCUUCAUUUCAUCUUUUUUUGUUCUUCGAUUAUGUGGUUGAGUAAUUUUUCAAUACCAAAGAUCAUUCCUUGAUGAUGAUCGGGAACUCGAGAUUAAUUCUCGGACGUCCAACACAUUGCUAUUUCUAUGAUUGACACAAGUUGAUUUGAAUAAUCAGGGCGUUUUUUUGUUUCAUGUUAGGGUACUUGUAAUUCUUGUGGGCAAGGAACCCUGAUAAUGAAAUUAUACUGUAAAGAACAAAAAAGACUAAUAAUUUUUAGCUGUAAUAACUAAUAAUAUAAUAACACCACUAUUCUCUAUUAAAGUACUUACCAUUUUAAUAAUUACACUACACAUCUGCUGUGGACAAAAGGGCUGGCUAAACGCAACCCAAAUCAGAGCCAGGCCAAUGAAUGUGGAAGUUAUAAAAUCUUUGAAGAAAACGCAAUUCAAAGAGUGAUCUUCAAACCAGUGUAUCUUUCUGGGGAAGCCCCGAAUUUUUUUUAUAUAUUUAAACUACUAAGUGAUUUUCUACAAUGCUGUGAACUCUAAAUUCGCCAAUUUUAAAGCACCUGUAUAAUCGUUAUUCAUUUUUUUGUCUUGUGAGCUUUAAGAAUACACUUAACCUUUCUAAUAGCCAUUUAUGUGUAAAGUCUACUGGAUUUACAAGUUCUGGAACUAUACAAUGCAAAUAAAAUUGUUUCCGGAUCACCAAUCCACAAAAAUAUCUUUAUAAUACAAAAUUUUAUUAAUUUUUUUAUCUUUGGUCAUCCAUGUGGCCAACAUACAAUAUUUUCUUCUAGUCACAUGAAUUUAAUAAUAUUGGAUGCAUUUUAUUAAAUGUAAUUAAUAUCUUUAUAUUUUUAUCAAUUAAAAUGGCAACAAUUUUUUUUUUAAUUUCUUAUCUCGGGUCAUAUCUUUAGCUCUAUUAUGAACAUUUAAUUUCCACCGUACUAUUUAUUAAUUAGAGUAGGCUUUUUUUUCCUUUAUGAUUAAGAAAUUAGUGCAAACUGAAGGAAAAAAUGAAUGUAACUAAAUAUGGUUCGAAAUUUUAUUAUUUAUCAUUUCAUCUUGAUUAAUUGUGAUUCCAAAAAGUAUUAUAAAUUCAAAUGAUCACAUGGUAUUAUUAUACAGAAUUAAGACUGUGUUCCCCAAAUCAGAAUUUUGGAUUAACUCUCUCUUAAUGAAGGUUCCCCAUAGAUAUUCCCCGCAAUGUGGCGCCAUCUGUUAAUUUCUUCUUUUUUCCGUGGUUACGAAAUGAAUUAUAACUAUAGUAACACUGAUGUGAGACAAAAAAAGGGGAAACUACCUUCACUUAUCAAGGAUGCUGCGAUAAAACGGACAACUUGGUAUUCUUUAUUACUUAUUUGUAUAGUUUAUAAAUAAAAUGUUUACGACGGUAAAA